AUGCAGCUAAAAUAAGAAUCUUUUGAAAGUGAUUUAACUGAGUAUCUUAAAAUAGAGCAAGAGUUUGAAAUUAAAUCCUUGUUCAAACAACUCAAAAUCUAAAAUUAGUAAUUGUCAGAUAAAAAGUCUAAAAAAAUCAAGAAAUUGAAACUAAGCAUUCAGACCAAUUCAAUUAUACAAAGAAGAAGCCUAAACGUUAACUAAAUUUGA